AUGUCAUCAUUGACUCCCGACGUUGCACUGUUCAACCGACAAAAGGAGAACCAGCAGCCAAAGACAAAAGAUCAUACAAAGCGUUUCGUAGGAAGUAACACACCUCGAAUACCCCUCAGUCCUUCCAAACAGCCGACGCCAUCCAAUGUCGUUGAUGAUUUGACUGUUGAUUUGAAGAAUCUCAGCGUCGCACAAUCGCAGCAUAGAUCAAGAGUCCACCCAUUUCCUUCCGCUUCUACUUCCCUUUCUGCGUCUUCAUCAGUCAUAGGCGGCGAUUCUGUUCAAUCGUCGUGUAAAGGCGGCUCUGAGCCCAAGCCGCGAGCCUACAAACCGAUUGACGACUACCGCUCUCCUGUGCAGCUUCUCACCCGAGACCCCGACUGGUCUGCUCUUGCUCCUCAAACCCAGCAUGGGAUGCUUGGUAUCGGUAACAUGCCUCUCAACUUGACUAAUGUUGUGAAGCAUGAUUGGCGAGGCCUGAAAGCCGAGGUUUCUGAAGCUACACUGGUCCAAGCUAAAGAGAUAUCAAAGAGCGUGGAGUCUUUUCCCAGGCUGAAAACCCUUGAUGCUGAGGUGGAAGUGCCUCCCAAUGGCAAGCAGCCCCUGCGUGUUGGAAUUGAUGAUCGGUUUGUACAUGAGCGCGGAGAGGAUGGUGCAUUUUCUGGUCAUACUCUGGCCCAUGCCGCAAUGGAUUCUCCCUCUGAAGACGUAAUGCAUGAUGAUCGGUUGAGGGAAGCCCUUGAUAUCAAGCCAGCUACAGAACGGAUCCUUCAAUUCACAAAAACCGCCCCCCGCCCCCGAGAAGACCCUACGAUUGCCAUGCAGCGCGAACUCGUGAAACCUCUCUAUGCCAGACCUGGUGCUCUCGGAACCUCGAAUGGGGUAUACACUAAUAUGACCCGGCGGAUCCCAACUGCAGCUGAAAGAAUCUUGGACGCCCCAGGAAUGAUUAACGAUUAUUAUCUCAAUCUCAUUGCGUGGUCAUGUACAAAUCUCGUUGGUGUCGCGCUGCGCGAGUCCGUGUACAUUUGGAAUGCGGAAACAAACGAGACCGAGAUUCUCAGCACCUGUGAGAAUGAAAAUGGAUACGUCUCCUCAGUCGACUUCUCGAGUGAUGGGUCGUAUUCAGGUAUCGGUCUUGAUUCUGGCGAGGUUGAGAUAUGGGACGUGGAAACUAAGCAAAAGCUGCGAACCAUGUCUGGCCAUCAAGGCCAGGUAUCGGUUCUCAGCUGGAACCACCACAUCAUAUCCUCGGGGUGUGCAGACGGGAGUAUAUGGCAUCAUGACGUAAGGAUCGCAAAUCACAAGGUCAUGGAACUGUUGGGGCAUACCGGUGAGGUGUGUGGGCUAAAGUGGAGGCAAGAUGGCGAAGCCCUUGCGAGUGGAGCCAACGAUAACGUCGUGAACUGCUGGGAUCCACGCGUAGGAACCGCAGGAAGCAAUAGUCGUGGGCAGCCAAAAUGGUCAAAGUCUGUCCACACGGCUGCUGUGAAGGUAUUGUUUGAUGUUUCUUACAAUUAUUCUCAACUCAAAUCGCUACAGGCCAUCGCAUGGGCCCCAUGGAAUAUGAAUAUCCUCGCGUCCGGCGGAGGAACAAGUGAUUGCAAGAUCAAUGUUUGGUCUGCAUCGACCGGCUCCCGGUUACAUUCAUUGACAACGCCUGCUCAAGUAACAUCUGUUCACUUCAGUCCUCACUCCAAGGAGAUCUUCAGUACACACGGUUUCCCGACCAAUGCCAUCAUGCUCCACUCUUACCCCGCACUUGAGAAAAUCACGGAGAUACGAGAUGCUCACGAUGCUCGUAUUCUCAAUUCGGCUGUCAGUCCAAAUGGUGACUUCAUCGUUACCAAUUCUGGUGAUGAAAAUAUCAAGUUCUGGAGAAUUUGGGAACUUCCGGUCAAGAAGCACAAAAAGAAGCAGAACGUUCAACUAGAGAAUGGCCUGCAAUCUAUUCGUUAA